UGUCGGUGCUGUGCGCAGGUCGCGAGCUGCCGGAUCCGAAUAUCCGUGUCCAGCGCGAGCUCCUGCCGCCGUUAAAUUACCGAGCCACGCACGAGCUGCUUUCCGCAAAAAGCGCGCGCCGGGUCCCUGCCGCCACGUCACCGCGUCCGGAGAGCCCCGCGUGGGGAGGAUUCAGGUCCAGCCCGGACCCAACCGGAACCGGCGGAGAACCGGAGGGUCCGGGGUUGUGCUGCGCGCUCCCGAGUUGCUCAGGCGCAUGCCCACGACCACGACACGUCACUCCGCACAAAUGACUGAAAGGAGAUGGGAUCAACAGAACAACUCGAUAUGGAGGUAAUGAUGCCGCUGAUGGAGGAAGGGGGCGAGGAGGAGAAUUCGGACGAGGAGAGCAGCGAACUUCAGCAGCAGCCACGCGGCAUCACGUUCACUCAGACUCUGCUGCAUCUGUUAAAGGGAAAUAUCGGUACAGGGCUGCUGGGAUUGCCGCUGGCAGUGAGGAAUGCUGGGAUAGUGUUGGGGCCGGUGUGUUUGGUGCUGAUGGGUGUGGUGUGUGUUCACUGCAUGCAUGUUUUGGUGACCUGCAGCCACCAGCUGAGUGAAAGGUUUAAGAAGUCUCCCCUCGGCUACAGCGACACGGUGGCUGUUGCCAUGGAGACAAGCUCCUCCCACUGCCUGAGGAGAGGCGCUCCUUUUGGGAGGCACCUGGUAAACUUCUUCCUGGUUUUGACCCAGCUGGGCUUCUGUAGUGUUUACUUCGUCUUCCUGGCAGAAAAUAUCAAACAGGUGGUGGAGGGUCAUCGUGGUAACUCUUCGGGCUCAGUGUCGGUGAUGAUGCUGUACUCUAACAGUACAGAAGGGGGCGGAGCUGAUGAUUUGGGGGCGGGGCUGGAGCUGGAUCAGAGGGUGUAUAUGCUCCUCCUGCUGCCCCUCCUCAUCCUCCUGUCCUUCAUCACCGACCUCAGGAGCAUGGCCGCCCUCUCCGCCGCCGCCAACGUCUGCAUGGCCAUCAGCCUGGUGCUCAUCUUCACCUACAUCCUACAUGAUGUAGGUGAUCCCAGAAGACUCCCAUUUGUGUCCACAUGGAGUAAAUUUCCCUUCUUUUUUGGGACAGCAAUCUUUGCCUUUGAAGGAAUUGGGGUGGUGCUUCCUCUGGAGAACCAGAUGAGGGAGCCGAAGCGCUUCCCACAGGCUCUGGACAUCGGCAUGGGCGUCGUCAUCGUCCUCUACGUUUCCCUGGCGACACUCGGAUACAUCCGCUUCGGAGACGACAUUAAAGGAAGCAUCACGCUCAACCUGCCUCAUGACACCUGGUCCAAUCUGCUGGUGAAGGUGCUGUACUCGUUUGGAGUGUACGUGAGUUUUGCGGUGCAGUUCUUUGUGCCGGCGGAUAUCUUGGUGCCAGCGGUGUGUGAGCGAGUAUCAGAGCCUUACAGACGACCUGCUGACCUCUGCACCCGAACACUGCUCGUCUGCAUCACCUGUGUGGUGGCCAUUCUCGUCCCCCGGCUGGACCUGGUGAUCUCAUUGGUUGGAGCAGUCAGUAGCUCCGCCUUGGCGCUGGUUUUCCCGCCGCUGGUGGAGCUGGUGGUGCACUCAGCCCGCCCAUCUGCACUCCUCCUCCUGAAGGAUCUGUCCAUCGCCAUUCUGGGUUUCCUCGGCUUCCUGACAGGAACCUACGUCACUGUAGGAGAGAUCAUUUACCCCGGUGACCAAGGGGACGAGCAUCUCCAUGACGACAGGAACUGGACCACACCCACAAUCCCACCCCCUUAAUGACUGACAACUGUCAAUCACUGUUUGGGACAAUUCCGUACACACAAACACACUGAGACACACAUUUGCAUGUUUAAUUUUCUUUAUAUAAAGUGUCAACACUAUGUGUGUGCAAAAGAAAUGGCACCCUUAUAUAUGUAGGUUGCUAAAGUCUUUUUAUAACAGGACUGUCUACAGUUAUUAUGAAGGAUGCACCAAUGUGGAACUUCUGGGCAGAUGCUGAUAUUUAAUAUUACUCACGUGAAUACAGUACCAGUCAAAAGUUUCAUUGUUUUUCCAUUAAUUUAAAAUGUUUUACAUUGUAGAUCAAUAUCCUAAAGCCAUCCAAACUGUGAAGAAAAACAUAUGGGAUUAUAUAGUACAGAAAAAGUGUCUCUUGCUUAGAUGAUCAGUUUUGCACAUCUUGGCUGGAUUUUCUCAGUCAGCUUUAUGAGGUAGAGUCACCUGGAAUUCAGGCUUUCAGUUAACAGCUGUGCUGAACUCAUCAAGAGUUAAUUACUUGAAUUUCUUGCCUCUUAAUAAAUUGUUUGAGAGCAUCAGCUGUAAAGUUGUGAAGAGGUAGAGUUACAGGUAUACAGUGAAUAGUGAAUAUUUGAGUAAUGCUCUAAUCCAGAUUAUGAAAAGCAAGAACUACUCAAAUAAGUAACAAAAAAAAUAGUUUAGAAAAUGUAAGUCAAUUAAUCUAAAACAUUUCAAGAACUUUAAAAAGUAUCUUAAGUGCAGUCAGGAAGACCAUCAAAAAUUUGGCCCUCAUCAGGACUGCCCUAGGAAAGGAAGAGCAAGAGUUCCCUCUGUUGUACAGGAUAAGUUCAUCAGAGUUUCCAGCCUCAGAAACCACAAGUAAACAGCUCCCCAGAUAAGAGCACCUAAAUGCUUCUUCAGAGUAUUUUAGUUUGUUUAACACUUUUAAGUUCAUACAUGAUUCUUCUGGAUGACUUCAUUGUUCAUUUACAAUGUAGGAAAUAAAAGCUUUUGACUGGUAUAGUAUCUGCCCAUGGCGAUAUACAACACAUGUAUAACUCCCCUUUUUAUCCGAUACAAUUCCGAUACCAUGGUGCAUCCCUAGUUAUUACCCACAUUCCUACGACUUUUGCACUCUGUUGUCCCAACAGUCAUUAGGUAUCAUGCACACUCCACUUUUGUACUAAUAUCCGUUAUAGGACUACGGUAUGCUGUAAUUAAAUAUGGUUAAUGUAGUAUUUUAUAUUGCAUAACAUUCUAAUAGGCUUAAAGGGCCCAUAUCAUAGGAAACCUCAUUUUAUAAAUUGCUUUUUGUACAUUUAAAAUACUUGUUUGCAGUAAGUGAACAUUGAUCAAGUCUGCACUUAGUCUUCAAGAAGGACAGAAGUUAAAUGGUCUGUAUUGAAUUAGCUGUUUUUGUGAUGUCAUAAAGAAAAUCAACUAGCACAUUUACACAUUUAUAACAUAGCAGUAUCUCUUCCCACACUAGCACUGAUUUAAGGAGUGUUUCAGGCCGGGCUGCAAUCAGAAUCAGCCAAUCAGAACACAACACAUUUACAUAUAGUCACCUUCCUAACGUGAUCACCUAACUUCUUUUUUUAGGCUAAAAUGAUGCUGCAGGACCACCUGUGUUAAAAUCUCCUACACUCCCUGCUGAUCACAUCGUUUGAUUCAACCUUUUAGAAAGAUGGUUUAUGUCCAGAAUGUGACUAACGUUAAUUUAUUGUUGAUAAUCAAAAUAAAAUUAUAUAGGCCAUUUUAAUAUAUUUAUAUUAUCUUCUAUAAUCCAAAGUUUUUUUUUCUAAUUUCUAAUUUCUAUAUUAAUAAGGGCUAUUGGCACAUUUUUAUUAAUAAUUAGCUAGAAUUUAGUAACUUAUACAAAUAAACAAAUAAUAGUGACGAGCACUGUGAGGAAACACAUGCAGUUAGGUAGUAGACAAAACAGUGUAUGUCCUUCACAAACACACUGGGUGGGAGGACGGACGGAUGGAUGAAUGAAUGGAUGAGAAGGUAAUACUUAUUUAUUAAUGAUAUUAUUAUAAGCUAUAAAAAUUGCCUAAUUAUUUAGUCUUAUUAUUAAGUUUUAUUGAGUAUUUUAAUUAAAUUAAAAUGCAGACUAAAUGUUAACUGUCUUUUUAAUCAAUAUUUUCCCAAUUUUAAUUCAGGAUUGUUGGUACAACUUUAUAGUAAGACUACCUUUAUAAUGGGUUUAUGAAUGAUUUAUAAAGGAGUUUAUUAAUACUUAUUAAUUAGGUUGCAAAUACUUUAAAACCCAUUAAUAAGCAGUUAAUAAAUAUAUAACAACACAAAUAAAAAUCUUUCUAGAGCCUGACUUCAUCAAUCAGCACUUAAACCUGUUAUAUUAAUAUAUUUGUAAUUAUGUUGAACUAUUUACUAUAAAUUAAAGGACUAAGUAAUUAAUGGAUCAUUGAUGCCUUUUCAAUUGAUGUGUUGUAACUGCUUAUCAAAUAUUUUUAAGGCACUUACAACCUAAUAAAUAAUAAUUAAUAAACUUAUUUAUAAACCAUUUAUAAACCCUUUGUAAGGGUAGUCUUAUUUUAAAGUGGUACCGGAUUGCUUCUAGUUGUUUCCACUGCUUUCUUGUUGGUUCAUGAAAAAGUAAAAAAAAAAAAUGAGUUGGGUGACUAUUUUAAGAAAGUGACGAUAUAUAUCAAAACUUAUUUACAUAAAUCUGUGUCUUUAAAAGCACAGCAGCACAUUUUGAUAACACAUUUCUGUUAGACAGGUUGGGAAAUGGUCAAAUUGUCUGUUUUGAGUCUAUAAAGUUGUUAUAAACAGGUUAUCAGUGGACCUCAGAACGAGUAUAUGGGCCCUUUAAUAAUGCAUGUUUAAUGUAUUUAUUUAGGUAUUAUUUUAUAUUAUUAUUACGUUUGAUAUCAUACACACUCCACACACACAAUCUCUAGAUACAUCGUUAAAUAGUAAUAUGGCACAGUUUGUGUUUUACUGCAAACUUUUACACACACACACACAGCGUUCAUAUUCUCUCUCACUCUCACAUUCGCGCACACCCAUCACUUCCUCAGAGUGUGUGUAGAUCUGAGGGCAAUCACGGUUUUGGGAAAGUUAUUUUUGAAGAUUUUUUUUUUUUAUAGUUCAUCUUCUUUUUCAUUCUUUUGGCACACACUGCCAUCGCCCUGUUUGUGUGUGUGUGUGUGUGUGUAUAUGUGUGUGUGUGUGAGUGAUGAAGGCUGAGUAGACUAUAAGGCUGCACAUUUGUGUCCAUGGGAAAUGAUAGAACACCUCUACAGAGUGUGAGAAUGAGUAUUUGUUCCUGAAUGAUGUGUAUUUUUCUCUGUACCUUCACACACCAGAGCUUGACCGAUAUGUCAGCUAGCUUAUAAGAUCCGUUAAUAUUGAAAACCUGUAGUUGUAUAAAUAUCUGUGCAAUAUUUACACUAAUUGACAAAGGAUAGCUUUGGUUUUGGGCCAUUUUAGAGAUUUAAAUUCACGGUCUACGCCAGGGUUGGGCAAUAGGCGUAGCAUGAAACAUAAUGUGGAAAAAAAAAUAUAUAAAAUGCUUCUCUGGUGAACUUUUGUUUACAUGCCUCCCCUGUCUUUCUGCUGCGCUCUGCUUAACUUUAGUUUCCGCCUUUUCUUGGGCUCCCUAUCUUCUUAUAAGGGCGUUUUUUUUUUUCACGGCUGUGUCCCAAUUCACUAGCCGUGGCAGUGGUAGUGUAUUGGACCGCGACCCUGACAACUGCGUGAGGAGCGGUGUGUUUAUUUAUUUGUUUUUUUCUUUCUUCUUGGGUUUAACUGCUUUGAGAUCAACUGUUCUGCAAUUGGGUUCAACAACCCUCUGGGCUGGAGAGCUACUAGUCUGUCACACUCCAUCCCAUUACACUUAAUUUUACAAAACAGUUUUUUUUGUCGCCUGCCACAUACUUAAUAUAACAUAAUUGCCGACCCCUGGUCUACUGAUUACCGCUGUAAUCAACUGUGAGCAGUGACCAUUAAGAACCCAUGUUUUUGCCACAGUAUCGAUCAACAACAGUUUCAUUAUUAUCAGUGAAAAUUUUGCAAUAAAAUGCUGAUAGUGUAUCGAUUACUGGGAUUUGACCUCACAACCUCCUGUCUGAUAUUUUCAACUAAUAUUCAAAUAUUGGCAAUUAUGUGCAGAAUAGCUGAAGGUUACUCUCCUAUAGCAGCCAUGGGAUUUGAACCCAUGAUAAUCUGGUCAUUAUGAGUAAAUAAAGUUCAAAUUGAUAACUGUAGGAAAUAAAAAUGUAACUAUAUGAAUUUACUUUUUUUAUAUUGUCGAAUAUUAUCUGUUAUCAGAUUUUUAAAAUGAUAACUUUUAACCCACAAAACUUACCCUUUGAUCAGGCCCUAUACACUGCCUACACUGAGUGAGUGUGUGUGGUUUAAUAUACAUUUAUAGCGCCACAUUUUUGGGAAUUGUAUGUCUGAUUUUCUUUGUGAAUGAAUUAAUGAAUGAAUGAAUUAUUGGGUGGAUUUUAGAGAUUUUUACUUGCGCACUUCCAGUGACACCUCCCUCCAAAUCUGCUGGAAUGUCUUUCGACCAAUCAGCUCUCUUGGACCAGUUUUAUAUGUAUCUGUGUGACCAAAACUAAAUAUGGACUCAGAAGUGCUUGAAUACUGUACUGUGGGGGAACCCGGAAUGUACUGUAAAUAUGCUCUGAUCUAACGGACGUAUUAUUAAUAAAUGAAUUUAUAACCCUGA